CAUGAUUUCUUUUUCGAUGUUUGUUAGCUUUACGUUUCAAUUGAUGGUCCGUAGACCUUUUUGUUUAUUGCUCUUCAAUGAAUGUUUAUUGAAAAACAUCGAUGUUUGGAACGUACUCCUAUUUUUUGUUAUUGAUCCUCAUGUCAAUUUUCUGUCAUCCUGCCAGCUGUUUGUUAAAUGUCAAUAGUCAAUAUACGUCAAAUGUUUUGGGUCGGGUCGUGGGGGUAUUUUAGUAUUUAAUUAUUUAUAUUUUCCUGCCCCUGUCGGUUGUGUACAUUUCACAUAAUUAAUAAAUAUGGUUAAUUAUGGCAUGAACAAAGCGUUAAUGACAUAAAAGGAGCGAUUAAGUUCACCUUUAAUUCAUUCUCCAUGUCCUUAAUUAACAACCGCUCCUAAUUUUAUCAAUUUAAAAAACACGACCCCCACACAUUGUGGAAAUGGCCGGAGAAGCUAGUCACAAGAAAAAAGGAAAGAUAUCCAGACAGGAGUCCAAUAGAUCUGCUAAAGAUUCGGAUAUAGAUGUGGACAGACCUAUAGCUGGCGUUAGUUGUCAGGAUAAAACCAGAAGUGGAAUCCGGGUAUACAAAAUAGUGGUAUUAGGAGACGGUGGGGUUGGAAAAUCAGCCGUUACACUGCAGUUCGUCAGCCAUAGCUUUUUGGACUAUCAUGACCCAACCAUUGAGGACUCUUAUCAACAGCAGGCUGUUAUCGAUGGAGAGCCGGCGUUGUUGGAUAUUUUAGAUACGGCGGGUCAAGUCGAAUUCACCGCCAUGAGGGACCAAUACAUGCGUUGCGGUGAGGGAUUCCUCAUCUGCUAUAGCGUUACCGACCGCCACAGCUUCCAAGAGGCCCUCGAGUACAAGAAACUCAUCCAAAAGGUGAGAGCCUCCGAGGACACGCCUCUGGUGUUGGUGGGCAACAAAUUCGAUCUUCACAUGCAGCGAAAAGUCACCACGGACGAGGGCAAAGCCCUGGCUAGACAGUUCGGGUGUCCGUUCUACGAAACCUCCGCUUGUCUUAGGACGUACGUCGAUGACGCUUUCCACACUCUGGUGAGGGAGAUUCGGAAAAAGGAACGGGAAAAAUUGGGGUUACCGGGUAACGAUCGCAAGCCGAACAGGCACAGCAAAUGGUGGCGGCUGAGGAGCAUAUUCGCGUUGGUGUUUAAAAGGAGGCGGCAUCAGAAUUAUACCUCUUAGACGUUAGGCGAGAUGGAUUUUUUUCGGUUAUUUUAAGAGAUAUUUCGCAUAACGAUUGCGCAGUUUUGAUUAAUUGAAUAUAGCGAUUGUUGUACCACAGAAAUUGAGAUAAAAGAGGUGAGUGAGGCUGCACAACAUUAUAACGAAUGGUUUUCUGCUAAAUAUUGGUAUUUGUAUCAAAUUUACGCCAAAUUAAACCCAAUUCUAUGUUAUUGAAACAACGGCGCACCCAGAUAUUUUAUUUGGGCGAUUUUUAGUAUGACAUUUUGAAUAACGUAAAAUGAGAAAAAAUGUUAUUAAAUCAUUAACAUUCUGGGGGUAGGGUUUGUUACCCCUAAAACACCUCCCUCGAGUACGCCACUGAAUUGAGAUGGGGUGGGCAAAAUAAUGGAUUUUUUAAAUCGAUAAUUUUAAAUAAUCGAUUAUUUAUUUUGAUAAUCGCCCAGUCCUAAUUGAGGUACAUGUAUAUUAUUUUAAAAAAAAUUACCAAUAUAGAGAGAGAGCCAGUGACUGCUAGACCUACGUUAUAGCACGAAGAUUAGGAUUUUUUGACUACGGGGAGUUCGACUGAUAACAGGUCCUCAAGGUACCUAAGAUUAAACGGUAACGUUUUUGAGUCUUGAGGAGUAUUCCUUUAAGCGAGAAAUUUUUUUUCAGGCGACAAUUCUAAUUUGUGGUCCUCCCCCAGUCCGUUACACGUAUUACUGCAAAUUAUGCCCUUUGUUCAAUGUUUUCCAGAUCUCCGCCCCUGACCAGGAUGGAAGGACAGGUCAUCGGCAAACCCAAUGGUCUUCGUCCCUCACCAAGUUGCAAUCUUAGGGUCCCAUCGUACAAGAUGUUUAUUAAUAGUGUCCCAGGACCGACCCUUGUGAAACUCUUGCUGUGACUAUUAGUGUUUACCGCCUUUUCUCUUUCUUCAAGGUAAUUUCCAGGACGUUUGAAAGUGAAGAUACACUGGCAGUCCGCGUCUUUUCAAUUCGUUAAUUAUGAUGUCUCAUGAUACCGUAUUCAAAUCAUUUCUGGCAAAUAGUUCUAUAUGACUAAAUAAUUUGAAAAUUUGGAAACAAAUCUCAAA